CAGCUGUCAAAAAGAGUGCAAACUUUAUGCACUUCAAACCCACAACAAUCAAAAUUAUUAAGGUUUAAAUUAAACUAAUUUAGAUCCAAAUAAAAAUUCUUUGUUGUUAACUUUUCAUAACUUGGCAACUCUUGGGCAAAAAAAAUUGCACAAGCGAAAAAACAAAAUAAAGCAAAAGUAUAGGAGGAGUAAAUAUUGAAAAACAAACAUGCAACGUUUGGGAUUUAUGAUAAGACAUGCUACGGCAGCAGCAACGCAUCCGCAAAAUCUGCGCCCGUUGUCCAUUUACUGGAAUUUGGCCCAAACACAUAAGCCGGCAGGUGGAAAUGGAAACCCCGGAGCACCCAGGACGAGAGACAACCGGAGUCCCAGAACAGCCGCCCAGAAGAUAACCCUCGUCCAGCAGAAUCAGUCGAUGAGCAUAACAACAUUGGAGGAGGCCCAGAAACUGGCUAAACGACGGGAGCUGCACCUGUUGCGCCUCGAGCAAACGGAUGCCAAAACAGGAAGAGCCAUGUUCAAACUAGUCACCGCUUCCGAAAUGCUGUCGGAUGAUGCGGAGCAAUCGAAAUCCUCCAGCGAAAAGGCCAAGGAGAAAAAGUCGGAAAAGUCUCUAACCAUUGGUGCCCGCAUAACGGAGCAUGAUCUCUCCUCGAGGCUCAAAAACAUUGCCAAGUGGCUGGCCAAGAGGCACGAAGUUCGCAUCCUCAUUCAGGGCAAUGCCAGCGGAUCUGAUGAGAGCAGCGCCGACCGCAUAGUAAAAGCCAUCGAACAGACCAUCAAGGAGCCACAAUUGAUAGGCAGAAUAGUGCAAAAGCGCAGCAAGGGAUCCUUUAUCAAGUUCAGCAUCAUGCCAUUAGCUCCGCCGCCUGUUUCCCCAGCCAAUCCUACUGCCAUCCAGUCCUGACAACUAUCGCCGUUGCCUCGGAUGUGCCAUAAUCACUGCACGGUAAUGGCAAACCCACAGAACUUAGCCUUCACAAUGUCUGCCCGCCACUUCGUUUUGAGAAAGAAAAAACAGCCCGUCAAGGUCAAUAUCUCUUCCAUUUUCACCAUUGUGACACUGUUUCUCUUAUUUUUUUUCAAAUAUUUCUACUGGCAUCAACAUUUAAUAAAACUAAAGGAGGAACAAGAAAAGAAAAAAAAGAAGAAUCGACAUAGUCACCACCAUGAACAUAAUCUGCAUGAACACGAUCAUGAUUAGAGCUUAAAUAACUUAAGUUACCUUCUUACCUCAAAAUUUUACAAUCCUAAUAAAUAAAACACCAUGAAAUAAAAUUGUAUUGGCUUUUUCAAUCCAUAUUAUCAAAUCAAAAA